GUAGUAAGAGCUGUGGGGUGGAUGUAGCAACGAUGCAGCGAGCAACCUGCGUCAGUAUCCUCGCUUCUUAGUGCUACCUGCGCGAUUCAACCCGUUCAUGAGCUGACUUUCCUUGAUUGUUUCCCAAGUGCGCCCAGAUCGGAAUUUACGGUUCUCGUCGGCUGUCAUAGCGAUGGAGUUCAGCCCAUGGAUUGCCAAAAUUCUCCGAGUGAGCUUGGGGAUUGAAACAGCGCACCGGUUCUAAGAGCAAUCCAGAAACGGCGUAUUACAAGUCCUCAAAACUCAAAGAGCAAUCCAGGGCACCAGUUGGGCAGUCUCGUCGUUUGAGCAAGCUGAGGCAGCGGUGUUUUAUAAACAAUCGCCCAGUAGACGGCGUUUUACAACGCUUCGCGACGUCGUCGCCCUGCACAGUAGGCUGCGACGCGAAACGCUCCGGACCACCCUGACCAACAACUGUAUAAGCCCCUGCCGUCAGUGUCACUUACAUACGCCAACUUCCCCCCUUAUAAGAAUCAGAGCGCCGCUUUAGCAGAAGCCGUAGCCCGCAUGGCUGAGAGGCAAGGGAGCCACGUGGGCGGCGGUCUUGACUGCAGCAGCCGAGCUAGGAGGAGUGACGAGCGUAACAGCAGCAACGGUACCGGUGGGAACAGCCAUGGUUGUUUCAUUGUCGCACCGCGCGGUACCACCAGCACCCCUGCCGCCGCCGCCGCCGAAUCCGGUGCCUCCAACUCAACUGAUCCGGAAACCGAGGCGCUAAUAUCCCCCGUCGCAUCCUCCAUCGACCUCAAUGAAUCUCGACCGCACGAUGAAUUCUCGGCUCCAUCCUCGCCGUCCAGCGACGAGUCACCUCCUGGCGACGAAUCUCCGCCGUCGCCGCAGUUCGCGGUGAGCGACACGGCACAGCCGUGGUCCAGGACAGGUGGCGCGAUGGCAUUGGACGCCGCGAGGCUGAUUCAGCAGGUCGGGAUUCAGCAGCUCAUGCGCCGACGGCAGUCGCCUCGCCAAGCCUCAGCUCCGGAACAGCUGCCCGACCCGCAGCCCAGCACGUGGGCGUAUUCCCGCCCGGUGGUGAUCCUCGACGCGUUUUGGAACCUCGCCUUCGUUGUAGUCACGGCCAUCACGCUCUUUAUAAGCCAGGCGCGGCACGAGCACCCCCCCGCGCCGCUGUCCAUCUGGUUACUCGGUUACGCCGUGCAAUGCGCGGUCCACGUCAUCUGCGUGCUGCUGGAGCACGAGCGGCGGGAGAGUCGGCGGAGGGGGGAUGGGGGGGGCUAUGCGGAAAGGACAGGCGGCCAGAGGGAAAGGGGGGGAGAAGAAGACUUAAACGUGCGCAGGAGAGACGCGGGGAGAGUUGUGACUGUAGACGAGGCAGCUUCUGUGCUUAUAACGGGAGGGGUUGUGCUAUCAGAAAGGGAGGCGGGGGAGGAUGAGGCGCUGCUGCUGGGUGAAGAGAGGGCGGGAGAGGAGGAUGGGGGGAGGGAUGCGCGGGCACGGGGAGUGGGGGGAGUGGGGGGCAUGGGGGGAGAUGAAGGAAUGAUGGUGGUGGGUGAUGGCGGGGAAGAAGAGGAGGAAACGGAUGACUCAGACCAGAGCCUCGCACGGCGCAUCGAGUCGGCCAACACCAUGUUCUCCUUCGCCUGGUGGCUCGUCGGCUUCACUUGGAUUCUUUCCACCAUCGACGACUCCUUCAAAGACGCGCCCAUCCUCUCCUGGGCAACCACGGCCUUCCUGGCGUUCGACGUGUUCUUUGUCGUGUUCUGCGUGGCAGUGGCGUGCGUGGUGGGCAUGGCGGUGUGCUGCUGCCUGCCCUGCAUCAUCGCACUCAUCUACGCCGUCGCGGACCAGGAAGGAGCAUCAAGGGAGCAGAUCGAGGCGCUACCAAAGUUCAAGUUCUACCGCCAGCGCACCGCCGCCAAUAACCUCCUAUGGCAAGCCAGCAGCGCCUGUCCCUUCCACUCUUGCUCCUCCUCCUUCCGCCCCUCCUCUUCGCCCUCCCUCUCCUCCUCCACUUCCUUCUCCUCCACUCCUGCCAUCAGAACCCCCUCCUGCCCCUGCUGCUCUUCCUCUGCCUUUGCUGGUGCCAUGUGGCGCAAUGCGGUUGGCCUGGCUGCUGGCCUCUGGCGGCGGGCAGGCCGGGCAGGGGGAAAUAACAACAGCAGAAAUACUGCGAGUGGUGAUGGCCCGGACGUCCGUGUGACUGUAGAGGAGGAGACAGGUGGCAUCAUGUCAUUGGUUGGUUCGGUCCAUCCGCCAAGGCAGAGGCAUGUGGAGGCAGAGGAUGCGGAGUGCUGUGUGUGCCUUGUGAGGUACGAGGAUGGGUGUGUGUUACGGGAGUUACCAUGCGCCCACCACUUCCAUGCGGCAUGCAUUGACAAGUGGCUCAAAUCGCACCCGACGUGCCCGCUGUGCAAGCGCGACAUUACAAAGGGUGUUGGCAGCGCAGCAGCACCAGACAGGCAGCUAAGCUCACUCUCCGCUGGAGCAUCGGAGGAACGGACGGGUGAAAGCACACUGUAGGGCAAGCUGGGAUACCGCGAAUAAGGGAGGGAGGGACAUCUUCACCACUAGGCAACUUAUACCGAAGGGCAAUGCAUCUCUAUUCCAAUCCAGUGAAAAUUUGUGAAGCCACAUGUCUAAGUUUAUCUGUAAUUCCCUUGCCUAAGAAGUUGGUAGGGGUGAAGGUAGCUUUUCUAAAUAUAUGUGUUUUGCUUUACGUGUUUACUAGUAUUC